AUGGGGAAGGAGAUGGGAAUGGAGAUGGAGAUGGAGAUGGAGAUGGAGAUGGAGAUGAUGAUGAUUGAAUCAAUUGAUAAAGUCGGCGAGGGCAGGCUGGAGUCAAUCGCAUCACCCGAGAGGAAAGGUUGGCUAAGACUUAGAGUUCGAGAAAAGAAGAGGAGCAAGAGGGAGAAGGAGAAGAUAGGCCACUUCCAACACGCAAAGCAGAGAAGAGGAGGAGGAGGAGGAGAAGGAGAAAAAGACGACGACGAUGAUGGUGAUGAUGAUAAUGAUUAUGAUUAUGAAAAGAGGAAUGAGGGAAAAGGAAAAGAUGCAGGCCAAUUAAUUGCACCAGGAUACAAUGAAGCACUGGUCCUGUAA